AGGCAGACUCCGGCUGCAGAACCGGCAGGGAUGCGGCGGCGGCUGCAUCCUCCUCCCCGGCGCUCCCCGGGGCACAAGCGCAGUCCAGCGUGGGAGCGGCUGGGAGUCAGGUGCAAUCACAGAGCUCUGCUUCCCCGGCCCUGGGGUCUCCCCUGCCCCGGCUCCUCUCGCCCAGCUGCCGCUGCUCGCCUGGAAAUGGAGGUUUCUCCGCAGCGAGCUGGGCGCUGCUGAAUUCAUCACACGCCGCCUCCUCCUCCUCCUCCUCCCGGGGGUGUGUGUGCGCGUCUGGCCCCGCAGCCCCUCGGAUGCGGCCAGGCUUCCAGCGCCCACCAACAAAGGCGGGGGGCAGGACAGCCCUAGCCAGCGGUCCCCUCCCUCUGGCGGGCCCCAGUCCCACCCUCUCUCGGUUCCGGCGGCUGGGGGAUUGCUGCCCUCUCUGGAGGAGCCGGGGACAGGUAUGGAUUGAGCAGCGUCCCGGGCAUUGGCAUCAUCCGCCGCCGCGCACCAGCGAGCCCGGCUCCCCGGGGAGAAUUCGGGGGGCUCCUGGCUGCAUCCCCCCUCGGAGCGGAGCGUGGCCGGAGGCGGGGGGCAGCGCACCCGCUAGCAGUGCCCAGUGCCGGCGUCGCCUGAUGGUGCACCAACCUCCCUCAGGCUCACCACCUGCCCGCUCGCCACGUCUGCCUCUCGGCCCUUAACUGGAAAUGCCCUUAAGGAGCCAGCACCCCGCCCCACGGUGCCCUCUUCCCCCCAGCGCUGGCGCCCCUCCCUGUGCCCCCGCCGCCCCCUGGCCUGCACCAUGACAGCGGCCCUGCUUCCGUCCUGCGGAGGGGUGUGUGGCAGGCGGAGCAGCUCUGGCUGAGGGAUGGCCUCUCUGGACCUGCCUUACCGCUGUCCACGCUGCGGGGAACACAAGCGUUUCCGGAGCCUCUCCUCGCUGCGGGCCCACCUGGAGUACAACCACACCUAUGAGACUCUCUAUAUCCUCUCCAAGACCAACAGCAUCUGCGAUGCCACCGUCUUCCCCUUGGCAUCCGAUGCCACCCUGCUGACCCCAGCCGCCCGCCGGGACAUCUUCGAGAGCACCUCCUUCCAGAGCAAGGAGCAGCGCUUUGCCUGUGACCUCAUCUCGGCCGACGAGCUGGAGCCCGUCUCCUCCUCUGCGUCCUGCUACGUGCACGAGAUCGAGAUCCCGCUGACUGAGAUCUUCACCCGCAAGGCCAUGAGCUCAGCCACCACCCCUCCUGCUGCUGCCGCUGCUGCCGCCGCCGCCGCUGUGGACGCUGCCUAUGAGGAAGGCCUGACCCGCCUGAAGAUUCGGGCCUUCGAGAAGCUGGAGGUGGACAAGCGGCUGGAGAAGCUAACGGAAGAAGUGGAGCAGAAGAUCGCCUCACAAGUGGGCCGGCUGCAGGUGGAGCUGGACCGGAAGAGCUCAGAGCUGGAGAAGGCCAAGCAGGAGAGCGUGAGGCUGAGCCGGGAGAAGCAGGAGCUGGAGGACAGGGCGAUGGAGCUCUCCCGCCAGGUUGACGUCAGCGUGGAGAUGCUGGCUUCCCUCAAGCAGGACCUGGUGCAGAAGGAGCAGGAGCUGACCCGCAAAGAACAGGAGGUCGUCCAGAUAGACCAGUUCCUCAAGGAGACGGCGGCCCGCGAGGCCAACGCCAAGGUGCGGCUGCAGCAGUUCAUCGAGGAGCUCCUGGACCGGGCCGACCGGGCGGAGAAGCAGCUCCAGAUCAUAAGCAGCAGCUGCAGCACCACCCCCAACGGCAGCCUGGGAAGGUGCAGCGUGCCCGGCUCCAAGGGCGCCAGCAGACCGAGGGACAGGCACGCUGGCCCCGGGGCAGCUCUCCACAGCUCCUACCCGGAGUCCAAUCAGAGAUCGUCCUCUAGCACUGGGGCCUCCAGCCGAGUGAAGGCCAUCUCCCAGAGCUCUGGCUGCUAUGAGAGCGAUGGCGCUGAGCUGUACCAGCCGGAGGAGAACACCGACAGGCACCUCUACCAUGGCGGGCAGAGCCGGGGCGUGGACAGUGGUUUCGAGCGGCCCGCAGCAGCCCACAGCUCGGGGCUCCGGAGGCAGGCCAUCCAGAACUGGCACCGCAGGCCGUACCGCAACAGCACCGAGGGGGAGGAGGGGGACAUCUCAGAUGUGGGCUCCAGGACAACCGAGUCGGAGGCCGAGGUGUGGGAACAGGACCCCCGCAUCCCACCGGAGGCGAACCUGGCGAGGCCCCUCAACAGCUGCAGGCUGAUGGCCAGGUCUGAGGGGGGCGGCGGGAAGGUCGUCCGGCCUGAGAGAGGCAGCCCGUCCCGCUCCAACGAGGUGAUCAGCCCGGAGAUUCUCAAGAUGCGAGCUGCUCUCUUCUGCAUCUUCACCUACCUCGACACCAAGACCCUGCUGAAGGCUGCCGAGGUCUGCAAGGACUGGAAAUUCGUGGCACGCCACCCUGCCGUGUGGACCCGGGUGCUGCUGGAGAACUCCAGGGUUUCAUCGAAGUUCCUGGGCAUGCUGUCGCAAUGGUGCACCCAGACGCACUCCCUCACGCUGCAGAACCUCAAGCCACGGCUGAGAGGGAAGAAGGAGAGCAAGGAGGAGUAUGUGAAAAGCACCCGGGGCUGCCUCGAAGCCGGGCUGGAGUCCUUGUUGAAGGCCACGGGCGGGAACUUGCUCAUCCUGCGGAUUUCACACUGCCCCAACAUCCUGACAGAUCGCUCCCUCUGGCUGGCCAGCUGCUACUGCCGGGCGCUUCAAGCCGUCACCUAUCGGAGCUGUACAGACCCUGUGGGCCAUGAAGUCAUCUGGGCAUUGGGAGCAGGCUGCAGGGACAUCAUCUCGCUACAAGUGGCACCGCUGCACCCUUGCCAGCAGCCGACACGUUUCAGCAACCGCUGCCUUCAGAUGAUCGGCCGAUGCUGGCCGCAUUUAAGAGCACUGGGUGUUGGCGGCGCUGGCUGCGGAAUCCAGGGACUGGUUUCUUUAGCUCGGAAUUGCAUGCGGCUGCAGGUGCUGGAACUCGACCACGUGACGGAAAUUAACCAGGAGGUGGCGGCGGAGGUGUGUCGGGAGGGCCUGAAGGGCCUGGAGAUGCUGGUGCUGACCUCCACGCCUGUCACCCCCAAAGCCCUGCUGCACUUCAACAGUGUCUGCCGGAACCUCAAGUCCAUUGUGGUGCAGGUGGGCAUUGUGGACUACUUCAAGGAGCCCAACAGCCCUGAAGCCAGGAAGAUGUUUGAGGAGAUGGUGAACAAACUCCAGGCCCUGAGGAAAAGACCCGGCUUCUCAAAGAUUUUACACAUUAAGGUGGAAGGAGGCUGUUAGCCCUGCAGGGAACAAUGAUACGUGUCCUCCUCUGUCCACCUGAGCAACAGAGACCAUGAAACCAAACCCACCGUCCGCCCUUUGUUUGAAACCCGGAGCCACAGAAGAGCCAGCCAAUGCACACAACUCGUGCAGGCCUUAGUGACUGGAAGUGACUGGAAGGUUCCUCGCUGGGGCAAGGUAUGUAACAUAUCGCAGACGUGACGGUGCUACAAAGUAGCUUCUCGGCUUGCCGGAGAGGGCCCGGCCGCUCACUUUCUGCCUGAGGAACUAGGCCGGACACCCUGUUGCCAAGGAGCUUUGCGUUGGGGACAUUUCUUUCUCUGAACCCCGCUUUCGUUUAGCGGGAGCUGGGGAUCUCAGUGACUCGGCACGUGACUCAACCAAGCACAGCUUCCCCCUCCUUGCCACCGGAGUGGAUGAGUCUAAGACUAAGUACGUUGACGGUCUCGCCCUCGGGAUCGGUGAACAGCGCUGGGGAAGUCGGCGCUCCCUGCAUGGCCUUUCUUGAUGUGUGGCUCGACUGAAUCCAGGCUCCCAUACGAGCUCCAUUUUAAGGGUGCAGGGGCAGUGCCACCAGGUGAACCAAGGCCCAGUAUUACUGUAUAUUUUACACUCUUUUUUUUAAAUUUACCCAACGGGGGUAAGUGCCUCCCUCAAGCCAGCAGCCGCAACAGCACAACCACCGCAGCCACAAAAUACAAAGCUCCUCCUUCUCGUGACCCUUGGGGUGCUUUGGGAAGCUAGCUGGCAACACGGAGCUAACUCCUCCGCCUAGGACACCAAUCCAGCCUCGUCUCCUCUUCACCCAGUGAGGAAGCCAAAUUCCCUUCCUGCGAAGGCAAUAAACCAUUUCAUCAGGGGAAUCACGUGGCAUCAGCUGUGCCGUCACAAGCACCACAAGCAUUCCCUGGCUCAUCCCAGGGGAAGGCAUCCAUCUUCCUCAAGGCAGCUCGUUCUGGGGUAGAUUGCCCGCGGUUGGCACAGAGAUGGACUAGUGCCUGGGAGAAGAGUCAGUGUUGCUGUUCGGAAUACAGACAGACCUCUGCCAUGGCACGUCUCUCCCCAAUCAGCUUUAAAUAGCUGAAAUUCCGAUCUCCAAAGAUCUACAGUUCUGUAGGUAACAAAGCCCCCUGCCUUGAUCAGUGAUGCAGUCCUUGAUGUAUUUGUUACACAUGAGCACCAGUUUGAACCAAACCUGUUCUUUUUGCAAAAGUUGAUCUUAUUACUGGACAGGAGAACUCGCUCCUUCCAAAGGAAAUGGCUUCUUGAGGAUUUAUGUUUCUUCACACUCCACCUCCAGAGAGAGCAGCCAACAGCUUUCCAUGCCACAAGGUGACGCCUGUAGGAGCACUGCCAUCACCGGGGCGAUGCAAUAGCUCUGAUCUUUAAAAAGCAACAAGCCCCCACUCAACUGCAAUCAACGUUUGAGCCGUGAUCGAGAAGCCUGCUUCCUUGCCCCAGCGAGAGAGGGUGUGUUAGCCAGUGGUGAAAGCACCGUGUUGUGCCCAUGGUGCUCUUCCCCUGGCCUGCCCUCCAGAGGCAGAGAAACUAGCUGACCUGGGUCGUGGAGGUGGCACUCAUCAUCCACUCUGGGUUGCCAGUAUCGAGAAGCCAUCAGCCACCGAGUGUGGGACUCGCCUGAAGUUGAGUCUCUCUCAGGAUGACGUGGGUGAGGUGGCGGUUCCAAACAUCAGAGGCACCUUCCUCCUCCAUCCGCCCUUCGUCAGGCGACCAAUAGGUGUGGCACCUUCUCUGGUUCCCCUUCAUAGGAACGAAGAGAUGGUCGGAGGACUUCUGAGCCAGCAGGACAAGCUGGCCCUCUUGCAGUGGGUGGGAUCCAGGACAGUCUCCUAUACACUGAUGUGUCAUGAAAGUGCCAAUCUCUGAAGAAAAGUGUGUGGAGAGGGAGGAAUCUAGGAGUUAAUCCAAGACCAACCCAAACCACCUCACCCCUGGUAACUCCGACACGCCCCCCCCCCCCCCGCCCUUCAGGGGCAGGCUUUCAAAAUCCAAAAUUAGAUCCAGCUCUGAAUUUUGCAAAUAGGCUUUCCCUUCGUAACGGGCUGAACCGAACUCCCCGAUUGAGGGGCCCAUUAACUAAGGGUGUUUGAAAUCCAGAUCCUGUCAUUAGGGGGCUCGAGCCCACUGCUGGAUUUAAUUUGUCUCCUCUGAAAGCGGGGUGAGUUAGUUAGGGUUUGCUUUUGUAACAUGCAGCUCUAGAUCAGGGACCCCCAAGCUGAUGGUAGCUUUCCAGGAGCAUGGGAGCUACGCACAAUGUGCAUAAAAUGGAGCCAGAGAGGCAACAAGAGGAGAUUACCAGUCCCAGUAUGCGGUGCACUAUCCCACCCCUUAGUCGCAUCAAGUGGGACCCAUUGCAUGCUGGGAUUUGUAGUCACCUUGGACCUCUUGAAAAAGAACAAUUGGCCAUAUUGUUGAACUCUAGUUUUACUGCCCUCUCCGCAUCGGAAGGAAUAUGGGGGAAUGAGUGAGGACUUUUAAGCAAAUCCACAGGCAGAGGGAGGAAAAGGAUGCCACAACCAGCAAAAAGAGAGAAGCUACAAUACAGGGGAAAGGAAAACAACAUAGCCUCCGAAAAGCCACAUUUUGCUACCUUUUAGCACAAGUCAGACCAGUGGCUACAAGCCCUGUAAACUGAGAUGUCACCUUCUGACAUUGUGCAGAGACUAUGGAAUGACCGUAAAAGAAGCAAAGUAAGUAUUUAUUUCUGUAAGCAAAACAAAAAAGACUUUAAAGGAAAAUUAUAUACUCAGCAUGUUUAUACACUAUGCUAAAAGACUAUCCUAUUUGAGAGUCACGUCUGAAGACUGAAGAUUCUUGCUGCUAGCACAAUUUAUUUUUCUGCCUCCAAUACUAUUCAAGCUUUUUCCAAUAGCACAUGGGAAGCCUGCCCAUCUGAGGUCGGGAGAGUUAGGUAGGUUCUGUGGCAAAUUUCUUUCCUGGUUUGGGUGGAAUGGGGGGAGGAGGGGAGCCGAAAAUUCUUUGAAAAUGUUAUUUCCUGGUUUUGAAAAGCCAGACUUUUUUUUAUAGUAUUUUCUGCUUGUGGAUCACAGUACAGUGGCGUGUGGUUCAUCUGUGUGUGACACACAUCCCUUCCACCUCUCACUUGGCUUUUGUGAAUCAUGGUAACGUGGUUUGAAUUUGUUACUUCGCUGUGCCAUCUUCCCCCACCUAGAAAACGAACAGGUCAUGGGCUCGAGACCUUCUUCAGACUUGUGCCUUCGUGUUCUGGGGCAAUCCUUUAAUUAAGAAAACACAUGUGCGCACGCACACACACCCCAAAUGAGCCACUCUUUUGGGCAUAGAAGAUGAAACAUAAGCCACACCGUUUAUAUAACUUCUGAUCAGCUACAGUAAUGUCUGCAGUGUUUUGAAGUCGAAAAGCAUCAUAGCCAGUAGCUAAGGAACAUUACUGAUCAUGUGCUGAGUUGCAUGGUACAAAUACUUCAAAGAGAGCCCACUUUUUUUCUAACGGUUUGUGUAGUUAGCCUGAGGGACUCACCGCUGCAGAGGCAGAGAGAGAGUCAGAGAAUGGGAUGUGGCAGGACGACUCUGCUGUUCCAUUGUUAGAGGGGGGGCCUAGUUUGGAACCCCGAAGCUGAGUGCCCUAAACCUGCGAAGAGAUCCCACUGCAGUUUGGAUGGGAACUGCUGAACUGAAUUUGCCAAGGCAGGGAAAACCAGAGAAAUUCCCUUCAGCGCUGACGAGCUGUUCCUUGGCUCUGAACAUCAAGGCCAAAAAUAGGGUAUCUAAGGUCUAGGCUACUAAAUCCCUGAUCUUGCAAAGACUUGCACGCAAACUUAGCUUUACUCACAGUUUUAGGCAGCUGCGUCAGUGGCCUGAUACUCCGAGGGGAAAGCAAUGCGAGGUUUGAUCGUAACCACUUCCUUGUCUGGGAAGGCAUUUUUCUUCGCCUUUCUUUUUCCCAUGGUUUACAGGAUCCUUUGCUAACCACACCAUGGCAAGCCCUUUGCCGUGCACUCUGCAGCUCUGAGAGCUUUGGAUGGCUCCACCGUGGGGAUCUUCACAAACAAAUGGCUACUUCGGGAAAUAAGCCGGCUCCCCCGCUGGGGUCUGGAAGAAAUCCACCUCCCCCCUGCCCUAUGGUGGCAUUGCACAAGCGAACGGGAUGUUUGGGGGAGGCCAAGGGCUGGGAAGUCCCCUCCUCCUUGGAAGUGUUAGGUGUAGGUUUAUUAAUGUCAGAAACAGGGUAUUGGGCUAAGCAGAGCAGCCGUCUGUGCCGACCUGGCAAUCUGUGUGUUUAAUGGUAUGCUAACUACAUAGGGUGUAGUGAAGUCAUGGGGUGUGGCUGGUCUUCAUUGACAGGGUUGGUAAAGUCAAUGGUCACAGUCACUGAUUAGUUUUUCCCCCAUUUCAAAUAUCCUGUUGCUCACCCAUCUGCUGGCUCCACAACGAGACAGUAAAGGGGCUCCUCCCCUGUGCCUUUCCUUGGCAAUUGUGCCUCCCGGCACAUAGCCGGCAUAAUGACACGCCAGUGCGGCAGCUGCCAUGCCCCCGCCAUGCAGAAGUGAUUUGGACUGUUGCAUCCGGAGACAUUGCUGGGUAAUGUGGAACUAUCCUCUGUCCGGUGCCAUUGUAAGCAACUGGUAAAUCAGCUCUGUGUUGGCUAGUUCUUGUCCCAGAAGCAUAAUUCCCCAGCAACUUGCACUUGGGUGUCUGAGCCCCAAUCCUGCAGUCCUUCCUCAAGGCAAAGCCCCAUUGGCUACAAGGGCUAAGGACUGCUGGAUUGUGAAGACGUGGGCACCACAUUCGGCCUGGCACUGUAAAUUCCCUUGUCGCUGAAGGGAUUUUUCUGGGAAAGUCCAGCUCUCGGGCCUGUUGCUUCACAGGAUAUGUGUGUAGUGUGAAAAGGGCCAGGGAACCCUGGAUUGUGUGCAGUGGAACUGUUCCUGUCCACCCCAGAUCUUGUGGGUUGAUGCAAACUGACUGAAUUCACACCCCAGCUUCCCUGUGUAGACAAGCCCACAGGUGGGAGCAGAGGGGGCGGAGAGUGGUACAUAGUUGCUGGAUUGAGCAACAAUGGGAGAGGUGUGUUGGGGGCUGUGACUCUCCGGACCGAGUCUGUGCGCUCGGGGUGAGAAGCUCCACGAGGGAAGAGUAACUGGGCACUGCCCUGCCCACCUGCAGUGCACAGGGAUCUAGUUAUGGGAUUGGGCUCCAGACCAGCCAGACCCCUUUAUGUGAACGCUCUCUAGUUGUUUAUGGUCAGUCAGGGCUUUUCACCCACCAUCAUUUCCCAGAGCAGCCAUUGUACCAGGCCCCAGGUGCAAAAUCCUCCCUUCCUGUGAGUGGGGGAAGAGGAGGCGCUUUGUCCCCAGCUGGUGCCACAGACUCAGAGGAACAUGGGAAAGCUGCCCGGUGAGGGCAGGGGAGACCUGCUCUAUGAUGCUAAAACUCAAAAACCUCCCUGGAUUGUGGGGCAGGCACCUUCUUUGCCUCUCAGGCUUUGCAGGGCCAGGAUUGGAGGCCCAGACACUCAUGACACAAGGUAGCUUUAAGCCACGUGGUGCAACAUUAUUCCUGAGCUGUCAGCAAUCCUGCUGCAGGGGGUCCCUUCUGGCUGCAUAUUCCAAGGGAGGAUUUGUGUUCAUCUGGGAUUCCUGCAGUUCCUACACAGUGGACUAUUUGCAAUGAGGGGCGGGGUCUUAUUUACAGGGAUAGGGCCUAUUUCACAAGUGGCAGGUCCUGGCUUCUUACAUCAAGGCUUCACUUACAGGAAGGCAGGAAACAUAGAAGAUCAGUUGUCUCCUACUACUACAACUUGCUAUGUUUUUCUCCCUAAACAUGUGGCCACCCUGCUCCCUCAAUGGAGCGGACACAGUUGGGAUGAAAGGUGGAGAAGCUGGGGGAACCUGCAAGGAACGUGGUUUUCAGUUCCUGCAGAUGUAGUCACCCCAUCUCAAAAAAGAUAUAUUGGAAUUGGAAAAGGUACAGAGAAGGGCAACAAAAAU